CGUGUCAGGGGGCCGACCGGGCGUGCGUGCCGCCGUUGAUCCGGUGCUGCAGUGAGGUGGUUGUUGCCCGUGUUGUGUGUGUGUGUGAGUGUGUGUGUGUGAGUGAGUGAGUGAGGGAGCGAGUGAGUGAGUGAGUGCGUGCGUGGGGGCACUCGGCUUGUUGUUGUCGGUGACUUCCCCCUUCCCUCUACCCCUCCCUUCCCCGGCCGCCGCUGCAGUGGCCGCUCCCUGGGCCGUAGGAAAUGAGCGAUAACGAUGACAUCGAGGUGGAGAGCGACGAAGAGCAACCGAGGUUUCAAUCUGCGGCUGACAAACGGGCUCAUCAUAAUGCACUGGAACGAAAACGUAGGGACCACAUCAAAGACAGCUUUCACAGUUUGCGGGACUCAGUCCCAUCACUCCAAGGAGAGAAGGCAUCCCGGGCCCAAAUCCUAGACAAAGCAACAGAGUACAUCCAGUAUAUGCGAAGGAAAAACCACACGCACCAGCAAGACAUUGAUGACCUCAAGCGGCAGAAUGCUCUUCUGGAGCAACAAGUCCGUGCACUGGAGAAGGCAAGGUCAAGUGCCCAGCUGCAGACCAGCUACCCCUCCUCAGACAGCAGCCUCUACACCAACGCCAAGGGCGGCACCAUCUCUGCCUUCGAUGGGGGUUCAGACUCCAGCUCAGAGUCCGAGCCAGAAGAGCCCCAGAGCAGGAAGAAACUCCGGAUGGAGGCCAGCUAAGCCAUGCGGGGCAGGCCAGCAAUAAAAACUGUCAUCUCCAUCGUCUCCUCCUCCUCCUCUCAGUUCAUCGUUAGAACCCUCAAAACCAUCGAAAGACUCUGUAUUUUCCUUUCCUCUUUAUUAAUUCUUGUUUUUGCAUAGACGCUCUUGGACAACAGCUCUCAUCCCAUCCCUGUGUCCACUAUUUUUAAAUGUAUUCCCUUCAGGGGUUCCUGUCCCCACCAGAAAUUUUAAACCAAAACACCCUAACUUGGCAGCUCUUUCUGUGGAGGACAGACAGCCGGCCAGACCUCUGAGUACAUGGUGUCCUGCCCACGCCCCCAGCUCCUCCAGCCCUCAGAGUGUGUGCCUGGAGGACGCCUGGCCCGCUAGGCCCUCCCUCCCAGUCCCUGACCUCUGUUUGGUGGACUUUGUGAAUCUCGAACUGCUCUACUUUGACAAGAUGACCAGAUUGGAGGAAUGAGAAUUAAGCCCCUCUCCUGUAAGGAUUGUUUUUUGGGAAAGCUGUCACUCCUGUUGAGAGACCAGAUUCUUGGAGAGUCUGGUGUAAAGGAAAGCGGGGACAGAUUGGCAGAGUCCUUGGCAUGUUUCACUCUUCAGUUGCUUAAGUCUGCAGAGCCAGCCUUACAGAGGGUCACGUGACACUGGUAUGUACAGGAGAUGGCAGCAGUGAGCCGGCCUCCCUCCUGGGAGUGGUGGGGUGGUUAUUUGUGGGUGGGACAGGGAGGGAGUCUUAGGUGGGGUAGAGGUUUUGUAUUAAGGGCCAGUGAUGAUGUUUUGAUAUUUAUUUCCUGCUACUGAAAUUUGAAUCUGAAUGAAAUGCCCCUAUUUCUGAUGAUGUCGAUAUUGUAAAGCGACAGAUUCAUAAAGCAAUGAUCAAAUCUUCAUUUCCUCCUGUGUGUAUUUCUAAGAAACAGAGCCAACUAUUUUGUAUGUAAAUACCAAGAGCGACUUACCUGGUACUAAACCCACAGCCCAGCACAGCCUCCCUGCCCUCCUUGACUCCAGUCCUGGAACUUGUCGCCACUGUGUGAUCCAGCCCUGGCUCUGGCUGUGGUCAGCAGAUCCCAGUGAAGGGUUUCCUGUCUUCGGGCUCCAUUUCUCUGUCCUUUGCCCACUCUGUUGCCGGCAUUUGCUGAUUGCUAGUGUAUACUCCGUAGUCUCAGUCGGUGUUUGACUCCAUUCCAUGGAAAUAAAAAGUAUGUUGUACAUACUGCCCAAGAAUUGUCUUGCAAGUUAAGGCUUCCCCUUUACUAUAAGAAUAUAAAUAAAAAACUUAUUUUAUCCUU